UCUAAGACAGGGUCCACAAUAGCAAUAAGCAACCAAUAUCAUCAAUUUAAACUUUUCAUAUACUUCUUCUAUAUCAAUGAUCAAAAACUUUUAUACUGGAAUUUGGAUUCACGUUUCAAUAGAAAUCAAAAUAGUGACCAAUUACAUUCCCGCAAUUUGCUAUUGGCCGCCAUUAAAGUAGAACAGCACAUUCCUGAAUCCUGAUUCUAGUUUCUGUACCCCCAAUUACACUUAUCACAGAGAAAGAGAGAGAGGAGAGAGAAGCCUCCAUGGAUGUGCUACCGAAGGCCACUCUGGAACUGGCGAAAAAGCACAGAUUCAAGUCCUUAAAGAGAGUAGACCUAGACUUAAAUCAGAAAUUGGAUGAAAUUCCAUACGGAGCUCAUUGCGGCAAAUUGGAAAAUGGGUUGACUUACUAUGUUCGUUGCAAUCCUAAACCUCAAAUGCGUGCUGCUCUUGCUCUUGCUGUUAAAGUUGGCUCCAUUUUUGAAGCUGACUAUGAACGGGGAAUUGCACAUGUAGUUGAGCAUCUAGCUUUCAGUGCCACCAAAAAGUAUACAGACCAUGAUAUUGUCAAAUUCUUGGAAAGCAUUGGGGCAGAGUUUGGAGCUUGUGGAAAUGCUUAUACAAGUUUUGAUGAGACUGUUUAUGAGCUUUUUGUUCCUAUUGACAAGCCUGGGAUAUUGUCCGAGGCUAUUUCCAUAUUAUCAGAAUUCAGUUCUGAGAUUCGGAUUUCUCCAGAGGACUUGGAAAAAGAAAGAGGAGCUGUCCUAGAAGAAUAUAGACAAGGAAGAGAUGCUAGUGGCCGCUUGUCUGAAGCAACUUUUGCCUCAGUAAUGCAGGGUUCAAAGUAUGCAGAACGUUUACCAAUUGGACUGGAAAGUGUGAUUCGCUCAGCUCCUGCUGAGGUUGCGAAGCAAUUUUUUAAGAAGUGGUACAGGUUAGAGAAUAUGGCAGUGGUUGCCGUGGGAGACUUCCCUGAUACCGAGAGUGUUGUUGAGCUGAUAAUCCAGCACUUUGGUCAAAUAACAAAUUCAUCAGCAAUUCCAAUUGCCCCAGAACAUAAGAUUCCAUUUCAUGAUAAGACACGGUUCUUAUGUUUAGCUGAACCAGAAGCAUCAGGAACUACAGUGGAGAUAAACUGGAAGAUGCAGAAUGAUGAGCUUAGAACAGUGGCGGACUAUAAGGACUGGCUCAUUGGUGUUGUUUUCCGUUCAGCUUUGAACCGUAGAUUCACUAAAAUUUCUCGAAGAAAAGAUCCACCCUAUUUUGGUUGUUCAUCUUCAGAGCUGGAGCUAGUUCGUCCGGUUAAAGCUGUUCAGAUAUCUGCAUCUUGUAAAGAGAAAAGUAUACUUGAAGCCUUGAAAUCAGUGCUAAUUGAGCUUGCUAGGGUUAGAUUAUAUGAGUUUUCUGAGCGGGAAAUAUCAAUUGCCUCUGCUAAUAUUAUGGCGGAAAUGGAGUCCGCUUAUCUUGAUCGUGAGAAAAUGCAAUCAAGCACUUGGCGUUAUCAAUAUCUGCAACAUUUUCUACGCAAUGAAGUUGUUCUCGGGCUUGAGUUUGAGGCUCAGCUGUUCAAAAGUUUAUUGCCCCAGUUAUCAGCAUCUGAGGUGUCCCAGUAUUCAGAGAAGUUACAAAUGUCAAAAAGUUGUGCAAUAAUAAUAACUGAACCUAGAGCCACAGUAACAGAAAAAGAACUUCGGGAUCUUGAAUUAGAGAUAAAUUCUCUUGAGAAGGAUGGCAAACUUUCUCCAUGGAAAGAAGAUGCCAUUCCGGAAGAGCUUGUUGCAGUUAAGCCAAGUCCUGGAGAGAUUGAGAAGCAGCAUGAAUAUCCAGAUAUUGGAGUUACAGAGCUAAUUCUCUCAAAUGGCAUGAAGGUUUGCUAUAAAUUUACAGAUUUUAAGAAUGAUCAGGUUAUCUUUAAAGGAUACGCAUAUGGGGGUUAUUCGGAACUUUUAGAAAAUGAGUAUCAUUCUUGCAUGUUAAGUUCAAGCAUUGCUGGAGAAAUUGGCCAGUUUGGCUAUAAACCGACAGUUUUAGAGGAUAUGUUGGCUGGCAAGAGAGCUAGUGUCUCCACAGAACUUGGCGCAUAUACUAGAAGUUUCAUUGGCGAUUGUUCACCUUCAGAUUUAGAAACUGCAUUGCAGCUUGUCUAUCAACUUUUCAAAACCGGAGUGCAACCUGACGAAGAAGAUCUCAAAAGAGUUGUACAGAUGGUAGAAGAAUUUAUUCGUGCGGAAGAAAGAGAUCCUUACAAUGCCUUCACUAAUCGAUUAACAAGAAUUAAAUAUGGCCAUUCUUACUUCUAUAAGCCCCUACAUCUUAAUGACCUGUCAAAAAUUGAUGCAAAGAAAGCUUGUGAAUAUUUUGACAAUAGCUUCAAAGACCCCUCUACAUUUACUGUUGUGAUUGUUGGCAAUCUUGAUCCAGCUAUGAUACACCCGCUAAUACUGGAGUAUUUGGGUGGAAUACAAAAGCCUUCUAAACCUGUGUUCCUUUACAACUUGGAUGACCUCAAAGGUCUACCUUGCACUCCUCCUGUAAAUAUAGUAAAAGAAAUUGUCAGAAGUCCUAUGGUAGAAGCACAGUGUUCGAUCCAUAUAGCUCAUAAUAUAAAGCUGUGCAGUGAGACCAUGCUGGAAGAAUUCUGGUUUGUUACAUUUUUGAGCCAACUUCUUCAAACCAAAAUGACCCAGGCUCUUCGUUUUAAGUAUGGAGAGAUAUAUUCCGUAAGUGUUGAUUCAAACUUUGGCUACAACAAGCCAUCAAAAACUGCUGACCUGGAAGGUGAGAUAACCAUUGAUUUUUCAUGUGAUCCAACUGUCUCCUCUUCACUGGUUGAUAUCGCACUGGAUGAAAUAAUGCAUCUCCAAGAGCAUGGACCUUCAGAAGAAGAUAUUUUAGCGGUACUUGAGAUUGAACAGAGGGAUCAUGAAAAUGAAUUGCAGGGAAAUAUAUACUGGCUUUUUCAGAUUUUGAAAAGCUAUCGUUCCAGGUUGUAUGCUGGUGAUCUCGGAUCUACAUUUCAGUUACUGGACAAAGCAAGAAGAAGAACUCGACAAACACUCUCUCCAUUGACAGCAAAAUGGGCACUACAGAAAAUUUUACCCUAUCCUUGCAAGAAACAUUAUGUCUCAGUGACCUUAAUUCCAGAAACAAACCGUUUCCGCUUACUAAAGCACCAACUGAAAAGCCAACUUAAGCAAAAAUAUUACGGUAGAUAUGUCAAGACUGUGGACAAAGUUUGGAGAGUUUUUGACAAAAAACAGAUUCACAUUCACCACUGAUACUCCUUUUUUUCACGCACGUUCAACCAGUCUCUCGUUUGAACAGAAAUGGAAUCCAUCAAUGAAACCUUGAGCUUCAUAGAUUCGCUUUGAUCUACAUUUAUCUGGUCAUUACUGAUGUAUUGUAACAUUAAACCUUGGUAAGCUGAUAUUGAAGCAUCUGGGUCAUCCCAUUUGUAUGUACAGCAGCUUCAUUAUAUAUAUUAAAAUAAUUCAGUGGUAGUUUUUAUUGGGAUCUAUGGCAUAUUGGCAACCAUUAUGUGGUUAAGCAUAUAAGGAUUAUUAGCACCCCUUGUAGGGUUGCAAGAACAAGGUUUAACACGAACUUUAUAACCCCAUUCUGAUGAUUCUGAGAUUCUCCAAUUGGAAUAUUGGAUGUUGUGUAUAGAUGGCUGUAUAAUAAAUAAUUGUAUUGCAGUAUGAGUAAAAUGAAAUGAAGAGCAGAGUUAUGAAGGAUUUACAUUGCAUUA